AUGGCCGGGCCCCCGCGCCGCGCCCGCCGGCGCCUGGCGCUGCCGCUGCUCUGCCUCCUGCUGCAGGCCGCGACCGCCGUGCUCUUCGCCGUGUUCGUCCGCUACGACCGCGAGGCCGACCCCGCCCUGUGGCCCCGGGGCAACCACAGCAGCGCCCACAAUGAGUUCUACUUUCGCUACCCAAGCUUCCAGGACGUGCACACCAUGGUGUUCCUGGGCUUCGGCUUCCUCAUGGCCUUCCUGCAGCGCUACGGCUUCAGCAGCGUGGGCUUCACCUUCCUCCUGGCCGCCUUCGCGCUGCAGUGGUCCACGCUCACCCAGGGCUUCCUGCACGCCUUCCACGGCGGCCACAUCCACGUGGGCGUGGAGAGCAUGAUCAACGCGGACUUCUGCGCGGGGGCCGUGCUCAUCUCCUUCGGCGCCGUGCUGGGCAAGACCGGGCCGGCCCAGCUGCUGCUCAUGGCCCUGCUGGAGGUGGCACUGUUUGGCAUCAACGAGUUUGUGCUCCUUAGUCUCCUGGGGGUGAAGGAUGCGGGCGGCUCCAUGACCAUUCACACCUUCGGUGCCUACUUCGGGCUGGUCCUCUCGCGGGUGCUCUACCGGCCCGAGCUGGAGAAGAGCAAGCACCGCCAGGGCUCCAUCUACCACUCGGACCUCUUUGCCAUGAUCGGGACCAUCUUCCUGUGGAUCUUCUGGCCCAGCUUCAACUCUGCACCCACCCCGCUGGGGGACGGGCAGCACCGGACGGUCCUCAACACCUACUACUCCCUGACCGCCAGCACCCUCAGCACCUUCGCCCUGUCGGCCCUCGUCGGGAGGGACGGGCGGCUGGACAUGGUCCACGUCCAGAACGCAGCGCUGGCCGGGGGCGUUGUGGUGGGGACAGCGAGUGAAAUGAUGCUCACGCCCUUCGGGGCCCUGGCAGCUGGCUUCCUGGCCGGGACCGUCUCCACGAUGGGGUACAAGUUCUUCACGCCCAUCCUGGAGUCAAAAUUCAAAGUUCAAGACACAUGUGGUGUCCACAACCUUCAUGGAAUGCCGGGGGUCCUGGGAGCCCUGGUGGGGGUCCUCGUGGCGGGGCUGGCCACGCACGAAGCUUACGGAGAUGGCCUCCAGAGCGUGUUUCCCCUCAUCGCUGCGGGCCAGCGCAGUGCCACGUCUCAGGCCAUGUACCAGCUCUUCGGGAUGUUCGUCACCCUGACGCUGGCUUCUGUGGGUGGGGCUGUCGGAGGGUGCAUACUCAAGCUGCCCUUUCUGGACGCCCCUCCGGACUCUCAGUGCUACGAGGACCGGGUUUACUGGGAGGUGCCUGGGGAGCACGAAGAUGAAGCCCAGGGACCGCUGAAGGAGGAAGAACUAGACACUCAGGCCUGA